GUCUCUAAACUUUCUCGAGACUGUUGCUACCGGACUUGGUAACCAUGACCACCCACGUAACGCUGGAAGAUGCGUUAUCCAACGUGGACCUUCUUGAGGAGCUUCCUCUCCCAGACCAGCAGCCGUGUAUCGAACCUCCGCCGUCGUCCAUCAUGUACCAGGCCAACUUCGACACCAAUUUUGAAGACCGGAAUGCCUUCGUCACAGGGAUAGCCCGGUACAUCGAACAGGCGACUGUACAUUCGAGCAUGAAUGAGAUGUUGGAGGAGGGACAGGAGUAUGCGGUCAUGUUGUAUACCUGGAGAAGUUGCUCCAGAGCCAUUCCACAGGUGAAAUGUAAUGAGCAGCCAAACCGCGUGGAAAUUUAUGAGAAGACGGUGGAGGUUUUGGAGCCGGAGGUCACAAAACUGAUGAAGUUCAUGUAUUUCCAGCGCAAAGCCAUCGAGAGGUUCUGUAAUGAGGUGAAGCGGCUGUGCCACGCAGAGCGCCGGAAGGACUUCGUGUCGGAGGCGUAUUUGCUCACUCUCGGCAAGUUCAUCAACAUGUUUGCUGUCCUGGAUGAGCUGAAAAACAUGAAAUGCAGUGUUAAAAAUGACCACUCAGCCUAUAAACGAGCGGCCCAGUUUCUCAGAAAGAUGGCGGACCCCCAGUCCAUACAGGAGUCGCAGAACCUUUCCAUGUUUCUGGCCAAUCACAACAGGAUUACUCAGUGCCUGCACCAGCAGCUGGAGGUGAUCCCUGGAUACGAGGAGCUACUGGCGGACAUCGUGAAUAUCUGUGUCGAUUACUACGAAAAUAAAAUGUAUCUCACUCCAAGUGAAAAACACAUGCUACUGAAGGUGAUGGGUUUUGGGUUGUACCUGAUGGACGGCAACAUCAGUAACAUUUAUAAACUGGAUGCGAAGAAGAGAAUCAACCUCAGCAAAAUCGACAAAUUCUUUAAGCAGCUGCAGGUGGUGCCGCUGUUUGGAGAUAUGCAGAUAGAGCUGGCCAGAUACAUUAAGACCAGUGCUCACUAUGAGGAGAACAAAUCAAAGUGGACGUGUACUCAGAGCAGCAUCAGCCCUCAGUACAAUAUCUGCGAGCAGAUGGUUCAGAUCCGAGACGACCACAUCCGUUUCAUAUCUGAGCUCGCGCGUUACAGCAACAGCGAGGUGGUGACCGGCUCGGGUCUUGACAGCCAGAAAUCCGACGAGGAGUACCGGGAGCUGUUUGACCUGGCCCUCAGGGGUCUACAGUUGCUGUCAAAGUGGAGCGCUCACGUCAUGGAAGUGUACUCGUGGAAGCUGGUCCACCCGACGGAUAAGUUCUGUAACAAAGACUGUCCUGGAACAGCAGAGGAGUAUGAACGAGCCACGCGGUACAAUUACACCAGCGAGGAGAAAUUUGCCUUUGUGGAGGUGAUUGCGAUGGUGAAGGGUCUGCAAGUGCUGAUGGGCCGAAUGGAGAGCGUGUUUAACCAAGCCAUACGUAAUACAAUAUACGCCGCGCUACAGGACUUUGCACAAAGCGCCCUCCGGGAGCCCCUCCGGCAGGCGGUGCGCAAGAAGAAGAACGUUCUUAUUAGUGUCCUGCAGGCAAUACGUAAAACCAUAUGUGAUUGGGAGGCUGGCCGCGAGCCCCCCAAUGAUCCUUGUUUGCGCGGAGAGAAAGAUCCAAAAGGUGGCUUUGAUAUCAAAGUUCCUCGGAGAGCAGUCGGACCUUCCAGUACUCAGCUUUACAUGGUGCGCACAAUGCUGGAGUCUCUGAUCGCGGAUAAAAGCGGCUCGAAGAAGACAUUACGCAGCAGCCUGGAUGGACCUAUCGUACAAGCCAUUGAAGAGUUCCACAAGCAUUCCUUCUUCUUUACUCACCUCCUCAACUUCAGCGAGGCGCUGCAGCAGUGUUGUGACCUGUCCCAGCUGUGGUUCCGUGAGUUCUUCCUGGAGCUCACCAUGGGAAGGCGCAUCCAGUUCCCGAUUGAGAUGUCGAUGCCUUGGAUCCUUACGGACCAUAUCCUGGAAACCAAGGAACCUUCCAUGAUGGAGUAUGUGCUGUAUCCCCUGGACCUGUAUAACGACAGCGCAUAUUAUGCUCUGACUAAAUUCAAGAAGCAGUUUCUUUAUGACGAGAUUGAAGCCGAGGUCAACCUGUGCUUUGACCAGUUUGUAUACAAACUAUCGGAUCAGAUCUUUGCUUAUUACAAGGCCAUGUCAGGCAGUGUUUUACUAGAUAAACGUUUCCGAGCCGAGUGCAAGAACUACGGGGUGAUUAUUCCAUAUCCGCCAUCCAAUCGUUAUGAAACGCUCCUCAAACAGCGGCACGUGCAGUUGUUGGGUCGAUCCAUUGACCUGAACAGGCUGAUCACUCAGAGGAUCUCGGCUGCUAUGUAUAAGUCCCUGGAUCAGGCCAUCAGCCGCUUUGAAAGUGAGGAUCUGACGUCUAUUGUGGAGUUGGAAUGGCUUCUUGAUAUUAAUCGUCUGACUCAUCGCCUGCUCUCCAAGCACUUGACCCUGGACAGCUUUGACGCCAUGUUUCGAGAGGCUAAUCAUAAUGUCUCAGCCCCUUACGGCAGGAACACACUCCACGUCUUCUGGGAGCUGAACUUCGACUUCCUGCCUAACUACUGUUACAACGGCUCGACCAACAGGUUUGUUCGUACUGCCAUUCCCUUUACGCAGGAGCCACAGAGAGACAAGCCAGCAAAUGUCCAGCCAUAUUACCUGUAUGGGUCAAAGCCCCUCAAUAUUGCCUAUAGUCACAUCUACAGUUCAUACCGGAACUUUGUUGGACCCCCACACUUCAAGACCAUUUGCCGCCUCCUAGGGUAUCAGGGUAUAGCCGUGGUGAUGGAGGAGCUGUUAAAAAUCGUCAAGAGCCUGCUCCAAGGAACGAUACUCCAGUACGUCAAAACACUUAUUGAGGUCAUGCCAAAAAUCUGCCGGCUGCCGAGGCACGAGUAUGGGUCCCCGGGGAUCCUUGAGUUCUUUCACCACCAGCUGAAAGACAUAAUAGAAUACGCAGAGUUAAAAACCGAUGUUUUCCAGAGCCUGCGAGAGGUUGGGAAUGCCAUACUCUUCUGUCUGCUUAUCGAGCAGGCGUUGUCUCAGGAAGAAGUUUGUGACCUUCUUCAUGCAGCUCCUUUCCAGAAUAUCUUACCCCGUGUCUACAUCAAAGAAGGGGAACGUUUGGAGGUGAGGAUGAAACGACUUGAAGCCAAGUAUGCCCCACUGCACCUGGUCCCAUUAAUCGAGAGACUGGGAACACCACAGCAAAUCGCCAUCGCUCGGGAAGGAGACCUCCUGACAAAGGAGAGGCUGUGCUGCGGACUGUCCAUGUUUGAAGUCAUCUUGACCCGAAUCCGAAGUUACCUGCAGGACCCGAUCUGGCGGGGUCCACCACCAACCAACGGCGUCAUGCACGUGGACGAAUGUGUGGAAUUCCACCGGCUCUGGAGUGCCAUGCAGUUUGUGUAUUGUAUCCCGGUGGGGACCAAUGAGUUUACAGCAGAACAGUGUUUCGGAGACGGGUUAAACUGGGCCGGCUGCGCCAUUAUCGUGCUUCUGGGUCAGCAGCGUCGUUUCGACCUCUUCGAUUUUUGCUACCAUCUCCUCAAAGUGCAACGGCAGGACGGCAAAGACGAAAUCAUAAAAAAUGUGCCGCUGAAAAAAAUGGCCGACCGAAUCCGGAAAUACCAGAUUCUCAACAACGAGAUCUUUGCGGUCCUGAACAAGUACAUGAAAUCGGUGGAAAGCGACAGCUCCACGGUGGAACAUGUGCGCUGCUUCCAGCCACCCAUCCACCAGUCUCUGGCCACCACCUGCUGAAAAGGACACAAACGUCAGCCGUGGCACUUCGACGGAUCCCAUGUUAUUGUGGCGCAUGCUUGUCCAGU